AUGUCUGAGUCAAUCGAAAAGCGCGGCAUCGAGAUGGUUGAGGAGGCAAGCGAGAAACCCGAUGGUGGUCUGGUUGUAACCUACCAUAUCGAUCCCAAAGAUGAGAAAGCUGUUUUGAGGAAGCUUGAUCGUGUCAUUCUUCCUCUCAUGGCUCUAGUAUACUUCUUCCAAUACCUCGACAAGCAAAGUAUCAACUAUGCUGCAGUCUUUGGCCUCGAGGAAGACCUGAAACUGUCUGGUUCGGAGUUCUCAUGGGCCAUCUCCAUCUUCUACUUUGGUCAAUUCGUGUCUGAGUACCCUGCGGCGUACUUGAUGAGUAGAUUUCCCAUCACAUUAUUCGUCGGGAUCACCGUGAUUCUUUGGGGUAUCGCAGAGAUGUGCCUGGGCGCCACCACUAACUGGACAACAAUCGCCGUCGCCCGUUUCUUCCUCGGCCUGACUGAAGGUGCAGUGGCACCGUCUUUCAUGAUCAUCACGAGUGGCUGGUACAAGCGUAGCGAGCACCCGAUCCGCAUCGCCACGUGGGUUUCUAUGUUCGGUAUAUCGCAGAUAGUCGGCGGUACUAUGAUGUACGGGAUUGGCAAUGGAAACCUCGCCUUGGCAUCCUGGAGAGUGCUUUUCCUGAUCUGUGGUGGGCUCACAGUUGCCUGCGGUGUCCUCUUCGUCAGCUUCAUGCCACGGAGCACAACGACCGCAUGGUUCCUCACCGAGCAUGAACGCGCUAUCGCCACCGAACGUCUUGCUGUCGAUCGUGCGACACGAGAUAGGUCUUCCUUUGACACCGCCCAGUUGAAGGAAGCGUUCAUCGACCCACGCACUUGGCUCUAUGCGCUCAUGGCUCUCUGCAUCACCCUACCAACUCCUAUUGUGAAGUUCUCAUCCCUCGUCAUCAAGGGGUUCGGGUUUACCUCUUUCCGCACUAUGCUGGUUGGAUUACCAUCGGGCGGAGUUUCUUUCGUAUUGGUGUGGAUUGGUGCCCUCGGACCCACCUUUUUUCCCAACUCCCGUUGGCUGGUCGGUAUCUUCGUUGCAUUGAUGCCUUUGAUGGGUACCCUACUCCUCCUCCUGUUACCAGCUAGUAACAACUGGGGCAUUGUCGUCGCCACGUGGUUUGCUGGUUCCACGGCGCCCCCACUGAGUGUUGCUGUGGGUCUCAUGGCUUCGAACGUCAAGGGAAACACCAAGAAAUCGGUAGUGAGCGCCAUCUUCUUCGUGUUUUACACUGUUGGUUGCAUCACCGGACCUCAACUAUGGCAGAAGAAGGACGCGCCCCGUUAUACUAAGGGAUGCAUCACCAGUGUAGUCGCCUGGUGUGCUUUGGUUGUUCUCUUUGUAGUCCAUUACUUUACAGCGAAAGCGAGCAACAGGAAGAGAGAUGCAGCAACGGGAGACAUCUCUGUCCACCAGGAUGGAGACUCAGAUCAAGUCGGCGUGAGUGUCGAUUCGGACCUUACGGAAUGGCAGGAUACUCUCUUCCGGUAUAGCUACUAA